AUGAGCUCUUGGACCGUUACUCGUAGGGAUGAAACUCAAGAAGUCGAUUAUGGAUCGAUGCAUCUGAACGAAACUCCCACGUUAUAUCGUUUGCCAUCUGGAUCACCCGGUUGUUCUGCUCAAUCGAUUGCAACUGGGUGGCUUGAAAGGAGCCUUGAGCUUAAUAAUCUAACUUUGGUCGAUUAUCAACGACGUGUUCAAGAGCUCCGACGUUCAGUUCGUCAAGGUAUUGAUUCAGCUGCAACUUGUACAGAUGGCAUAAUUCAUGCUUUAAAGCAGUUAAUUAACAGUGGUUGGCUUAAUAGUCGAUGGAAUUUGAUUAUGUAUACUUUCCUCCUUAUUCGUAUUCCUGAAUUCAGAAAACGUCUUUUCGGAUCCUUAUCAGCUAUGCCAUCUAUAUGGAAAUUGCAGGCACUUUUAGAAUCGGCUUGGUCUCUUGGUUUCGAUCCGCUUGGAGCAUCUCAGAUAUCAUCAACAAUCAAUUCAAAUAAGAUUUCAUCUGGUUCUACUGGUUCUGGUGUUGUUAGUAUCCCUGCAGAUGGUCGUAAUUUAAUUGGUUUAGUGGAUAGCACUGCAUGUUUAGGUGUACGCUCUUCAAUUAUAGAAUGCCGUGCUCCUUCUGGGCCUGGUGGAACCCAUCCGUACCUAUUGACCCACAUUUACUCCUAUAUAAGCUCAGGUAACAGUAGCGGAGUAUCAAAUGAGGCUGUUACAUUGCCCAUGCUUUUACAACAUGAAGGUCAUAGCCGCAUAGUGAUUGGUGUUGAGGUGGAUGAGGAUGAAAAACCGAUAGCACUGGUAGUUUUAGAUCCUGAUGUACCACCUGAGGCUAUGCGUCAAGUUAUCAAGGCUGCCGAUUAUUCUGUAUCUAAUCCCAAUGCAGAUCUGUCACGUCUUUCCUUUGGUCCUUAUCAUUGGAUGGAUGUUUUAGGAAGUAUGCGCGUGGAUAUAACCCAGCUGGUUCAACCACAAUAUCAAGUGCUUCAAAUUAAUGGAUUGAUAGAAACAGAUAUAGACUUACAGGGCGCCAUGGUUCCGGAAAAUGUUACAGUAGCGAUCUCAUAA